UUUCCCUAUGAAUGUCUAUUCUAUAAUCAAGAAAUGUCGGAAAGCAACAUUUGUUUAAUGGUUGCUUGCUUACUGACAAAACUCAGGAAAGGAAGGAAUUUCUUCAACUUAAAUCCUUUCACACUCUCUCUCUUUUUUUUCCUCAAGUUGGGUAAAGUUUGAUCCUUUCGCUGCUAAUCUGCAGUGGGGUGAAGAAUUUGAGAAUGACCCAUGAAAGUUCUUAGACCAUAUUGCUUUGCUGAGCAAUUUGUUUCAGAUACACUGAGCAAGUGCAAGAGUAUCUGAGCCAGUAAUAGUUGGAUAAAUUUCAUUGUUUGAUGAAAUAGAACAACUCCUGUAACUGUGCUUCACUCUUUUCUGGUUGAAAUUGAGGGCUUCAGCCAAAAUGAUGGGGGCAUUUCGUCAAACAUUUGGAAUGCUGUGGAUUUGGUGGCUUGUAGCAGCUGUAGUACCGGGGUUAGCUGAGAAUGUCAAGUUCAAAGACCCAAACCAACCUGUGAAUGUGCGAGUCAAGGAUCUCUUGAGCAGGAUGACACUGGAUGAGAAGAUCGGCCAGAUGACUCAAAUAGAUCGGUCUGUGGCGACCGUUGACAUAAUGCGAACAUACUCGAUUGGGAGUGUACUCAGUGGUGGUGGGAGCACUCCGCUUCCAGAGGCAAGUGCAUCAGAUUGGAUUGACAUGAUAAACGAGUUUCAGAAGGGAGCUUUGGCCAGCCGUUUGGGGAUACCAAUGAUGUACGGGAUUGAUGCUGUUCACGGGCACAAUAAUGUUUAUAAUGCCACUAUUUUCCCACACAAUGUUGGGCUAGGGGCCACCAGGGACCCAGAGUUGGUGAAGAAGAUCGGUGCUGCCACAGCCCUUGAAGUCAGAGCCACGGGGAUCCCUUAUGUCUUUGCACCAUGCAUUGCGGUGUGUAGAGAUCCUAGGUGGGGUAGGUGUUAUGAGAGUUACAGUGAGGAUGAGAAAAUCGUGCAGCAAAUGACAGAGAUUAUACCCGGUCUACAAGGAGAUGUUCCCUAUGACUAUCGCAAGGGAAGCCCAUAUGUUGGCAAGAACAAAGUUGCUGCUUGUGCUAAACAUUUUGUCGGGGACGGUGGAACGACAAAUGGGAUUAAUGAGAACAACACUGUUGUUGACUUGCAUGGACUACUGAGCAUCCAUACACCUGCCUACUCUGAUGCCAUCAUUAAGGGUGUCUCCACGGUGAUGGUUUCUUACUCUAGCUGGAAUGGGGAGAAGAUGCACGCGAAUCGUGACCUAGUUACUGGUUUACUUAAAAACACCCUCAAAUUCAAGGGCUUUGUAAUCUCAGAUUGGCAAGGCAUUGAUAGGAUCACUUCACCUCCACAUGAAAAUUAUACAUACUCUGUCCAAGCUGGGAUUCUUGCUGGAAUCGACAUGGUCAUGGUCCCGUUCAACUUCACGGAAUUUAUAAAUGAUCUCACUAAUCUCGUGAAGGCCAACGUUAUCCCCAUGGAGAGAAUUGAUGAUGCCGUGGAGAGAAUUCUGCUCGUUAAGUUCACAAUGGGUCUGUUUGAAAACCCUUUGGCCGAUCUUAGCCUGGUCAAUCAACUCGGCAGUCAGGAACAUAGAAACUUGGCUAGGGAAGCCGUGAGGAAGUCUCUUGUGCUGUUGAAGAAUGGGAAGAAUGAAACGAGCCCAUUACUGCCGCUUCCUAAGAAGGCUUCGAAGAUCUUAGUUGCAGGAAGCCAUGCUGAUAACUUGGGGUAUCAGUGUGGUGGGUGGACGAUUAACUGGCAAGGGUUCAGCGGGAACAAUGCUACAAGGGGAACCACCAUCCUCAAUGCCAUAACCUCCACAGUUGAUUCCAGCACUGAGAUCGUCUACCGAGAGAACCCUGAUCUUGAAUCCAUCAAGUCCAACAACUUUGCCUACUCCAUUGUGGUGGUGGGCGAGCACCCUUAUGCCGAGACAGGAGGGGACAGCACGACCCUCACGAUGGCUGAUCCUGGGCCCACCACCAUAACCAACGUCUGCGGGGCUGUGAAGUGUGCAGUGAUUGUUGUCUCAGGACGACCCAUUGUGAUUGAGCCCUACAUGUCCUCAAUCGACGCGCUUGUAGCUGCAUGGCUCCCAGGAACCGAAGGCCAAGGAGUGGCAGAUGUCCUCUUUGGUGAUUAUGGGUUUACUGGGAGGCUCCCGAGGACUUGGUUUAAGUCUGUAGAUCAACUCCCAAUGCAUGUCGGGGAUUCACACUAUGACCCUCUUUUCCCUUUCGAUUUUGGGCUUAAGACCGAGUCGGUUCCCGGCCUUGUGGCAAGGGCAACCUCAGAUGGUGUUGGCAUGAGACCAUGUACACUCAUGAUUGCUUUGUGCCUCCUGAUCGCCGCAUAUUUUGCAGGCUACAGCUGAUCGGUGAUGAUUUCUUUGGAGCCCCCAGGUCAGGUGCAAGAAAUAGAAGAGGAAGAUAUAAUGUAGGUUUCUAGGAUCAUGAGAAUGAUGGCCAUAGCUCUAGCCUAGACCCAUUUUUCCACUCAUUAUUCAGUACGAAGACACACCAAUUAUUGUUCACGGGUCGUUUAGAUCAUCAGGCAGUACCAUUUAUUGUUCAUGGGUCAUUUAGAUCAUCAGGUAGUAAGAUUUGUCAGACUUUGAUACUGUUACAGUUCUAACUAUUCUAAUGCCAUUUACUAUGCAUAUUUGAAGCUCUCAA